AUGGCACAGUCCAGACGGUGCCGUGCAGUUACGGCGCCUCAUCUUCAGCUCGCAACUGCUGUGUUUGAAAAAAUUUCCUGCUGUUUAUGUGUUGUUUGUGUUUUACCGCGGAAAUCUCCGUACAGAACUCCAAACCAUCACGCGACGAAAACAACAAAACAACAGUGGUUGCUGUGUCUGUUUGUGAAACAGUUUCCGCCAGCACGGUUUGUUCUUACUGUAUCAGGCCUGUGUUUCUAUUUAUGGUCUUUGUUCUCGACCAAAAAAGUGAGCCAGAACUCUUUCUAUCGCUGUUGUCUACUGGGCCCCCCGCGUCCAGAACCUGCUCUCUUCUUCGGACGCUUCCGCCGACGAAAACAGCAAACGUCAACAAGCUGCGCUCCCUUUUGGACCGUGGGUUCUCUCAAAACAGGUAAAACUAUCCUGAUUAAGAAGCCUACAACAAAGAAACAAACUAAGUCAUGCCUGUGUCUAUAG